AUGGCAGCCAAGGUUCCGUCGUUUGUUGACGUUCAGGUCACAAAACUGCCUGCCUCUCCCCCAGAGUAUGAACAUCUCGGCAUCCAUCGAAACGGAAGCAUUCAUCCUUGGGGCUCAGCACAUGCACUGGCAUCAACUCUGAAAGGAAAAAUGACAAAGAAACCAGAAGUCCAGAUCCUCAUCAAUGGCCACUUCAACUCAAAGGUGUACACCACCAACUCUGAAGUCUCUGGUGUCGUCAACAUCACGCCUGCUAGAAACACUCGCUACGAUCGACUUGAUAUUUCUCUCGAUGGACUUAGCGAGACGCGGAGGGAUGGUCCUGACAUGACGCACAUGACAUCUCAUCGAUUCCUUCGCCUUGAGAUGCCCAUCGACGAGUAUCCUAACGAUGUCCUUGAAGCUGGCGUCACUUAUACAUUCCCCUUCAUCUUCAACAUCCCAGCCCAUCUCUCUUCCAAAGCAUGUACCCACAAGACCGCCUCGGAAGAUGUCUGGGAACGACACAUGGCACUGCCUCCCACUCUCGGCGGCUGGGAAAAAGACGACAUGGCACCUGAUAUGGCACGAGUGACAUAUAGCAUCAAAGCCUAUGUACUCACGCGAGCUAAGCAAGGAUUCAACAUUACUCUCGGCAACUCCCAUACCAUCAACGUCAUGCCGACAUCUUUCGAAGAGCCUCCUCUGAACAUCACCGAACGAGACGAUUUAUACAAGAUUGAGAGGUCCAAGAAGGUCAAGAAGAACAUCUUUUCUGCUUCACAGGGCAGAAUCUCCGCAGUGGCGGCUCAACCAGCUGCUAUCCAUCUCACCAAAGAGGGUUACGAAGCUAGCGGCUCCUCAAUUCCCAUCAGCCUUACUUUUGAACCUUCUGCCGCUGAUGUGAUUCCCCCACAAUUCGCAUCUGCUUCUCUCAAGAUUCAGUCUCAUACUUGGUUCCGCGAUCAACCGAUGAUGAACCUACCAACACAAGGAUCUUCAAUUGCAAACUUUGGAUAUCCAUUCUCAGUAUCCCUCCCAAAAGCCUCCCCCAAGGUCCAAUGGACUCAGAAUGUCGACAUGGCUAGCACCAAGGAUUCGCCCGUCUUUCAUACAGCUACAGUCGAAAUUCCGUUCAAGCUGCCUACAGCCGAUAAGAUGUUUGUCCCAACAUUUCACUCCUGUAUUAUCUCACGAGCAUACACGGUCAAGGUCGUUUUGGAGGGCGAUGUCAAGUUGGACUUGACAGUUCCAGUGCAAGUGGUUAUGGGAACACCCGAUGUCUAG